AUUCAAAUCCUAACCAUUUGCUUAAGGGUUCACAUUUUUUCUUUUUUUCAAAGAAGGGUCCACAUAUCUUAUCAUUUUUUUACGUGAUCAAUACGUUGUUAUUUGGAUACUAACUUAAUCAUUUAAUUAUCUGUAGAGAAGCUCAGAGUAAGAUAGUUCACAUGGCAGCAAGUGGCAUUUCAGAUGGCACAGCAACACAGAACACAGAACCUGAAAUGGAGAAGAAAUGGUGGAACAAAAUCUUGGACAUUAAGGAAGCCAAACAUCAACUCAUGUUUGCACUGCCAAUAAUUCUUACAACAAUAUUAUAUUACUCAAUUACUUUGGUUUCUGUCAUGCUUGUUGGUCAUCUUGGUGAGCUUCAGUUAGCCGGUGCUACUCUUGCUAACUCGUGGUUUGGUGUCACUGCCGUCGGGGUUAUGGUUGGUUUAAGUGGUGCACUGGACACACUCUGCGGACAAGCAUUUGGUGCAAAAGAAUAUCACAUGUUAGGAAUUUAUCUACAAAGCUCUUGCAUUAUAUCUUUUAUUUUUUCCAUCAUUAUAUCAAUUAUUUGGUUCUAUACAGAACCCAUUCUAGUGUUACUUCAUCAAUCACAAGACAUUGCUAGAACAGCUGCACUCUAUAUGAAGUUUCUUAUACCAGGAUUAUUUGCAUAUAGCAUCUUGAGAAACAUGUUGAGGUUUCUACUAACACAAUCUGUAGUGAUGCCACUGGUUGUCUUUUCAGCUAUCCCAGCAAUUGUUCAUGUUGGUAUUGCAUAUGGAUUUGUUCAUUGGUCAGGUCUUAAUUUCAAAGGUGGACCAGUUGCAACUUCUAUUUCACUAUGGAUAUCUAUGAUAUUAGUAGGUUUUUAUAUCUUGUAUGCAAAGAAGUUUAAGAAUACAUGGAGGGGAUUUUCAAUGCAAUCAUUUCAGUACUUGUUUACAAACUUGAAACUAGCUCUUCCCUCUGCAGCAAUGCUAUGUUUGGAGUCUUUGGCCUUUGAAGUUUUGGUUUUCUUAGCUGGAUUAAUGCCAGACUCACAAAUAACAACUUCAUUGAUUGCAAUAUGUGCAAACACAGAACUCACCGCUUACCUGAUCAUUUAUGGUCUUAGUGCAGCCGCAAGCACAAGGGUUUCCAAUGAACUUGGGGCAGGCCAACCAGAAAGAGCCAAACAUGCAAUGAGAGUCAGUCUAAAGCUCUCUAUCCUCCUUGGAUUCUGUUUUGCGUUGAUGAUUGUAUUUGGUCAUGGUAUAUGGAUUCGGCUGUUUAGCAGUAGUCCUACUAUCAAACAUGAGUUUGCUUCAAUAGCACCCUUCCUUGCUAUUUCCAUACUACUUGAUUCUGUCCAAGGUGUCUUAUCAGGGGUGGUUAGAGCAUGCGGUUGGCAGCAUGUUGCUGUUUACGUCAACCUUGCAACUUUUUAUUUCAUUGGUUUACCAAUUUCAUGUAUCCUUGGAUUUAAGACCAAUUUGCAAUAUAAGGGUUUAUGGCUUGGUCUGAUUUGUGGGCUGGCAUGUCAAACUGGGACACUCUUACUUUUGACAAGAUAUGCGAAAUGGACUAAACUGAAUCUCUCAGGAGACAAAGAUAAAGAUCAACCUGUUGUUGUUUUGACGACUGAAUGCAUGCCAAUUAGGACUGAAUAAGCUUGUGUUUGGAACCACAGUGACAGCUCCUUUGAUGCACGGCGUGAGCGAAACUAUAACUUGGAGCUUUAGACUCAACGUGUGGAGAAAACUCUUUGUAUGUGGAAGCUAACACAGGCUAAAAAAUGGUUACAUGUUGUAAUUAACAUGAUUUUCCUAUCUAAAAACGUUUCUUGUUCCUAUUCAUUUAGAGAAAAUGGAAACACUGUUUUCUAAGGGGUGUUGGUGAGUUGUGUACAUUAAUAUUGACAUACCGACAUACAUGAUGUAACAAAAUGCUAGAAUUUCAAGAAUUUCAAAAGGGGUGCAUAAUUCUUAACAUA